AUGGUGAACUCAACAACACUGGCCCAUCUCAACACCAAUAUUGAUCAUUUGUCUACAGUACUAUCGUCAUACGCCGGAAGAGACAAAGCGAUUCGUUCCCUGGCCUUCUACCUGCAACUACGCUCCACGACGUCUUCAGAAUCCUCCAAAGAGAUUCUGGCACUUGCCAAGCAACUAAGUGCCGCCCGUCUUGUAUCCAGACAGUUCAAUCAUCCAUCUAUGCUGAAGUCCUGCAGGCAAAUUUGGCAAGCGUUUGAUUCUGGCCGAAUUGGGGACCCAUUGGAAUUUUUCACUGGCGCAGCGGUGACAGGAAUCUAUACAGUUUAUGGAGUCGUUGAGUUGCUGGCGUGGUUAAGUGACGCCAAAUUGCUGGGAUUUGAGUCUGCUAGGCUCUACAAAUGGUGUCUAUAUCUUUGGUUAUCAGCACUUAUCAAUGGAAUUAUCCGGCAGAUUCGGAUAAUUUAUCGAAAAGGAAUCGAGAAAUCGCAGGAGGAUGUUUUGACGCUAAUCGGGUUGUCUUCUGACUUUAUCAGUGGCUUGAACGGUCUACCACAUAAGUUCUUGUGGGCCGGAAAGCUUUCAAUGCGACAGAGCGCCACGUUUUCGCUGUUGGCCUCGAUUAUUGGAUUUCAUAAAUUAUGGUAG